AUGAAUUGCCCAUCACAUGUCGACGACAGUCUGCUUCAUCCCACAUGGAAUCAGAGCCCCCCUUUUCUCGCCUCGGAUCUGACAACCCGUCAAGACCUUAGUGGGAGAGCAAACUCCCGUGAGCACAAGUAUGGGGAUCAAGCAAACGACGGCGUUUCAACAUAUCCAAUGCAUGAACUGCUGGAGCCGUGCGCUGAUACCACCAAGAAGAGACCCGUCGCUAGCCUGGGGGGUGAGGAGCUCCCGCGAGAGACGAUUCAUCGAUCUCUCAAAGGGCUAUAUACCUCUCCCCCCCAGCUCAACGACUAUUUUCUAGGACGCGUUUACCACGCUGCAUAUUUUACACUACACAUUCUUGGAACGGGAUGCUUUCUCGCCGUGUUGCUAUGCGGCAUCAAGAUCCUUGCUGACCACUGCUUGGGAUCUGCUCCUUCGGCUGCAUGGCCAGAACCUGAUUCACCGUUGUCGAAGAGAGCCGCAUGUGCUACGAACAACCCUGGCCACGCAAAGGACUACAACAUGCCCCUCCAUAUCGGCUCCGUCUUCAUCAUUCUGUUCGUAUCAUUUUCAGCAUGUGCCUUUCCUUUGAUUGUUCUCAAACUACCAUUCCUCCGCAUUCCCUCCUUGUUUCUGUUCGCGGCUAGGCAUUUCGGCACUGGAGUGUUGAUCGCCACUGCAUUCGUCCAUUUGCUGCCAACCGCAUUUAUUAUGCUGGGUGACGACUGUCUAGGAGAAUUCUGGACCUCAGACUAUCCAGCAAUGCCUGGUACCAUUGCUUUAGCAGCUAUAUUUUUCGUUACCAUUAUUGAGAUGGUGUUUACACCAGUUCGGUCUAUCGUCUCCUCUUCUCUGCAGCAAUCACGGGAAAGAGAACAACAGGCACCGAGCAACAGUCCCACUGGUUGUUCACAGGGUACGUUGGGAGAUAGAACGCCUCGUGGAGAAGUCGCACAAGGCAGUGACGUUCCCAUGCGCAGUCUCGGCUUAUUGAAAGGGAGAUCUUCCAGCGUGGGUCGAGAAGUGGCCAGAAUGGACGAGGCACAGGUGCUGUCUAUUGAACGAGAACGCCUCGGUCAACGAACAGCAGGAGCCACCACCGGCAAGCAGCCUGAAAAAGCACGCACAGCUCUCAAACUUCCAGGCACUAGAGGCCUCAGUAUUGAAUUGACACCCGAACAGAAGCACCAAAAGGCAGUCAUGCAAUGUAUCCUCUUGGAGGUCGGAAUUUUGUUCCACAGCAUCUUCAUUGGCAUGGCCCUAGGCGUGUCUGCUGGGAGCGAAUUUGUCGUUCUCCUCAUUGCCAUUAUAUUUCACCAAACUUUCGAGGGCCUUGCUCUUGGAUCUCGCAUCGCUGCCAUUGAGUGGCGCAGGAAAGUCUUUCAACCCUGGAUAAUGGCACUUGCUUAUGGUUGCACAACUCCUUUCGGUCAGGCUUUGGGCAUGAUUCUGCACACGCUCUAUAAUCCAGAAUCUGAGACGGGUCUUCUCAUGGUCGGUAUUAUGAACGCCAUCUCGUCGGGCCUUCUUAUUUAUGCUUCUCUCGUGGAACUGCUGUCCGAGGACUUCCUGAGUGAUGAGAGCUGGAGGAUUUUGAGAGGCAAGAAAAGGGUGAAUGCUUGUCUGCUCUUGUUUGCUGGUGCGUUUGGCAUGAGUUUCGUUGGCGGCUGGGCUUGA